UCAUCCAUCCAACGAAUGUGGACAGAGUUUCCCCCUGCGCUCCGAAACCCUAAUGCUGGCUGCUGCGGGGGAAGAGAAGCCUGGCCUUGUAAAUGUGGAGCUAGGGUUUCGAACACUCCCUUUUCCUUUGCUCCUCUCGGGUUCCCUUCUUCCCCGUGCUCUGCCCUCUUCUCCUCUCUGCCGCCGUCUCCAUCGUCCUCCUCCCCCCUUCCUCCACUGUCCAUUAUGGCGGAAGCUGCAGAAGUCGAGAUUGCGCAGCCCAAGAAGAGAACGUUUAAGAAGUUUACCUUCCGAGGAGUGGAUCUCGAUGCUCUCCUUGACAUGAGCAUGGAUGAGCUCGUCGAGCUCUUCCACGCCCGGGCUCGCCGCAGGUUCCAGCGUGGUCUGAAGCGCAAGCCUAUGGCGUUGAUCAAGAAGUUGCGGAAAGCCAAGCGUGAGGCACCAGCUGGCGAGAAGCCUGAGCCCGUCAGGACUCACCUCCGCAAUAUGAUCAUUGUCCCAGAGAUGAUCGGUAGCGUCAUUGGUGUGUACAACGGGAAGACUUUCAACCAGGUCGAGAUCAAGCCUGAGAUGAUUGGGCACUACUUGGCUGAGUUCUCCAUUUCGUACAAGCCUGUCAAGCACGGUAGGCCCGGUAUUGGAGCUACGCACUCUUCGCGAUUCAUCCCACUUAAGUAGAAAGAGAGCAACGGGAAAGGUUGGCAUUUGUGUCUCUUUUUGUUUACUCCAAUCUGGCGUGAACAAAAUGUUAAGGAUAUGAGGGAUUAAUAGAAUGCUUGGUGUCGGUCAAUCAAUUGCUUCCCCUCGGGCUUAAAUUCUUCCUUCCUGUAUUUGUACCUUGACGACGUGAUUUGUCCUGUACAUCUGAAGGUUUCUUAUGUUGAA